AUGUUUAAAACCAUGCAGAAGGGGUACAUUGGAGAAUGUGGGUAUUCAGUCCCAAGGUUCGCCUUGCACCUUGCACUGAAAUUCCAGUCUUCAAGGGGUUCACAAAAUGUCACUCAUCUAUGGGCCAACAUUCAACACGCGUGUAAUAUUUUUACUGUCGACCACGAUGUGAUCAAGUUCGCUCUUGCCACUGGCUUCGAGCACUUUGAAAAAGGACCCACACAACGCAACCGCAGCGAAACAAUGAUGGGCGACGGCAUUUUCAAUCGUGAUGGCGACGUGUGGAGAUUUCACCGCACCAUGGCGCGCCCCUUCUUUGCUCGAGAGCGAAUCUCCGACUUCCAUCUCUACGAUCGGUAUACCCAGAAGGUGCUUUCAAUAUUCCACAACCAUGAAGGCAGGGAUGUUGCAUGCGAUGCACAGGACGUAUUUUCCCGGUUUACCAUGGACGCAGCUGGAGAUUUCCUCUUCGGAGCAUCAGAUCUUAAUACCCUGGAUCUUCCGCUCCCAAUUGCAGGUCAGGCCAAGAUGGGACCGAAGGGCACACUCGCAGAGGGUGGAUAUGGUAGCUUUGUGAGCGCAUUUGAAAAGGCUCUUAUCCUUCUCCCCAUUCGGAGUCGUCUCGGCAAACACCUGUGGCCAGCGGCGGAGCUUUUGGCAGACAAGGCACGACCUUACAGAAAUGAAAUAGAUUUCUGGAUCCAGCCCUUGCUCGACCAAGCGUUCGGCCGGAGAGAUUCGUGGCUGCGGAGCGGAGGAGACGAGAAGCAGCCAGCUGGGGAUACUUUCAUCGACCAUUUGGUAUCCAGCACGGAUGAUAGGAAGAUGAUUGCAAACGAGCUCAUUAAUAUUCUACUGGCCGCGCGUGACACGACCGCUAGCCUGUUGACAUUCUCAGUAUACCUUCUUGCAAUGCACCCAGAAGUCAUGGAACGCGCGCGUGCAGAAGUGUUGGAUACCGUAGGCGAGUCAGCGGCACCCACCUACGACCAAAUCAAGCAAAUGCGCUAUCAACGGGCCAUUAUCAACGAAGUUUUGCGCCUCUUCCCUUCUGUGCCCCUGAAUGAGCGAGCAUCGUCUCAUUCAGUCGUUCUUCCCGCCAAGCCCACUGAAACGCCAUUAUAUAUGCCGGGUCCGCACGCGUCGAUGAUAUAUAGCACUAUGCUUAUGCAGCGGGAUCCCGAGCUGUGGGGGCCAGACGCCGAUUUAUUCGAUCCGAUGCGGUGGCUUGACCACAGACACAAGCGAGUCCUCUCUGACCCGUUCAAAUUUAUCCCGUUCAACGCCGGACCGAGAAUUUGCCUUGGACAGCAAUUCGCACUGAACGAAGCUUCGUUUGUUCUCACCCGGUUAUUACAAAACUUUACCGGCUUUGAGCUGGCUAUGAACGCGGCUCCGGAGGGUUCCUGCCCGCCUGCCGAAUGGGCCCAAGGCACCGGCAGGAAGCCUUUAGAGAAGAUCUGGCCAAAGAGCGCUGUCACGCUUUAUUCCCAUGGAGGGAUGUGGGUCAAAUUCAAGAGCGCCCUCAAGUAG